CCGAUGAAGUCCUCACCCGUGUAGCAGCCGCUGGCUUUUGUCACACAUAACUCAUGGUUUAUCAUGGCAUAACCCAGGUAUCAUUACCUUUCACCGGCUCUCAUGAACCAGCCGGAACAAUAGUCGCUCUUGGCUCUGAUGUACCUGGGAUAUGGCAUAUAGGGGAUCGUGUGGGAGUCACAAACUUUAUGGAUCCUUGCCACGGCUGCAACGGGUGCAAAUGGACUAUGCAGAGUCUUGGGUCGCUCGAUCCACGUUUCUGUGAUAAUAGGACAAUGUGUGGCAUCAUUCGUCGUGAUGGGGCCUUUGCCGAAUACAUGGCUUCCUGGCAUGGUGCAAUAGUGUCCUUGCCUGACAGCAUAGGCUUUGAGCAGGCAGCCCCUUUGAUGUGUGCCGGGGCAACCGUGUGGCAUGCCACCAGGCAAAUAUAACAGAGGGCGAACUGUUGGCAUCAUCGGUAUAGGUGGCCUUGGGAUCUUGGGCACUCAAUUCGCAAAGGCUAGAGGCUAUAGGGUGAUAGCUAUUGACAGGCAUGAGGUUGGUUUGAAGCUCGCUUCUGGAG